CGGCCUCAGGCGGUGAUGGGAGGCCGGCCGGACUCGGGUUUGGGGCCGCAAUGGAUACCCAGGCGCCGGGCCGGUGGCGACGGCGGAGGCCGGAGGAGCUGCAGGUUCCGGGGGACCCGAGUUCAAAGAAGCUGGUGUCUUUUUCCUUUAUUAUCCACGUUCUUCUUGAGCACAGAGAGUGGAAAAAUGGGUUUCGAGAGGUGGCUGCGUGCCCCAGUUCGGCCGACAGCAGAGCCGGCCCGGCCUGUGCUUCCUGUGCAUUACAUCCUGGAAGUCACAGCACGGCAGCCACAGAGCUCUUCUUCCUUCCCAUCACAGCUGCAUAGUGCUGCAUUGCCUGGAUGCUCCGUCUUUAUCCAGCCACUGUCCUACAGAUGGGCAUUUGGGUUGUUUCCAAUAUUUUGCAGUUUAACCAAUGCUGCAAAACGGGCAUGCAGAAGACUAGAUGCAGCUGUGCAGGAGUGGGGCUGCGCCCAGGUGAGGGCCAGCACCCUGGGCUCCUGGAGUGUCGAGGAGCUGGAGUUGAAGCACAGAGGCUGCCCCCUUGCGGCAAGGCCAGAGAGCGACCAGGCGCGGCCCGACGCGGGGAUUCCUCAGAAUGGUGGAGGGAGCUUGGCCCAGCCUUGCCCGAGAUGUAUUGCGGGAGAAUCUGGACAUUUUAACCAUACUGAGAAUCGUUAGAAGAUACGAGUUGGGAAAGGAAGAUUCCGAUUCUGGUUUUGAACCUGGCCUGUGACAGCGAAUAUCGGUCUCAUGGAUGGAUGUGGGCACCACCUGUUCAAACAGCAGCCCGCCGUCCCCUCAGUCAGGUACCCGGCCAUCCGCACAGAGCCGGAGGGGCCCUCGCCGCGCGGGAGCCGGCACACCCUCAGUGCUCGCCGCUCCUGCCUUCAGACGGAUCUCGCUCUAGAAGGAGAUCAGCUGCAUUAUUUACAAGUUGAAAAGACUCAGUGUCGAGCUUCCUGUGAGGUUGAGGACCCCGUGGCCUCUGGAACCGUGUCCAGACACAGCCCUGCUUUUACACUGUUCAGUUGUUCCGUGGAGCAUCCAGGGCUGCUUCUCUACUCUCUUUAAUUAAAAGACUUAUUUUUAUAUUUAAAAUGCUUAUAAUCUUAAACUGAAUUUUACUAAAUGCUGGUAUCCUAUCUGUUCUGUGUAAUUCUCCAGCUGAAGUUAUCAGACAUGGGACCCCUUUUAUAUUAAAAUGGAGAUUUCUCAUUUUCUCUUGGG